AUGAGCUGUUUGAUGAGGAAUGAGCCAACAAGUGAUUCGGAUUCCAAUAAUGAGAGGUGGUUUGAAGAAGCAGGACCCGCAGUGUAUUUUGCUCAGAUAGGAGAACUAGCAUCACUAACGGAAACAGAAGUAAGCAAAAAAGGUAAUAAUGAAAGAAACAACAACACAAGAAUCAGCCUGGAGAGAAUCAAAGAUGAAGCACUGACAGAAACAACACCAAUCGAGAAGCUCCCAACACCAAUAAAGGUUUCGCAAGAAAGAGAAAUAGAAGAAAGAUUUGAAAUGCUGAAGAUGAAUAACGAACUUGAAGAAGAACAAGUAAGACAAGUGAAGGCAGUGUUGAAGCAAGGGCAAGACGUGUUUGCACAAUCUGUAUUAAAGUUGGGCUGUACUGAUGUAGUCGAACAUGUAAUCGAUACCGGCGAGGCAGCUCCAAUCAAGCAAAAUGUAUACCGGACUGCCCCAGAUAUAAGAGAAUUUAUUCAAAAAGAAAUAGCUCAUCUAGAAGAAUGA